AUCCACCGGAGCCUCCGAUAUUUUGCAGCCGUAUAAAUAUAUAUUACGUAAUGGUAAGAAGUAACACCGUAGCCAUAAUAAAAACAAAAUUAGGGCUUGGAUUAUAACGCAGUUAGAGGAAAUAAAAAGUUACGUUAAAUAUUUACGAGCAAUUAAAAUGAAUCCAAAUGAACCUCCUAAGUAUGAAGAAAGUAUGAUUAAUUCUCAACCUCCCCCUAAUUAUACCUCAAAUUAUCCACCACCAAUGCAACCUGGAUAUUAUGUUCCACCUGGAAAUGUUUACCCACCUCCAGAUCAAAUGCACACAAAACCAAUGCAACAACCAAUGUAUCCACCAGGUCCAGCAACUAACAUUGUAGUCCAACCUCAAGUAGCUGCUGCUUACGUUAUUGCUUUUAAUAUGGCUCCUAUCAGAAUGCAAUGUCCUCACUGCCAAGCACAAAUUGUAACUUCUAUUGAGUAUGUGUCUGGUUUAUUAGCGUGGUUACUUUGUUUGGGAAUGUUCUUUUUCGGUGCUUGGUUAUGUUGCUUUAUUCCUUUUUGUGUUGAUGGUUGUAAAGAUGUAAAUCACUCGUGUCCAAAUUGUAUGAAAGUUAUUGGAACAUUUAAAAGGAUGUAAUGAUCUAAAAUUGGAAUUCAAUUUUCUAUUUAA